GCGGAAGUAAACAUUAAAAGGAGAGCGAUUUAAAGCUGCGUCACAAACUUUCUGAAUUUGUUUCGGAUACAGUGAGUUUAGUGUCUGGGUCAUUGUGAGCGCAGACUGCUUUUUUCUAUAAGGCGUCGGUUAGUGAGUGUUUGCGGCAGCAUGUCGGUGACGGUGAAGGCCUACCUGUUGGGGAAAGACGAGGCGGUGAAGGAGAUUCGGAGAUUUGCGGUGGACCAGGACGUCUCCUGCAGCUUUGAGUAUCUGAGAGGAAAAACAGCUGGAGUCUUUAACAACCUCAACACCAGAUCCUUCAAUAUGUACUACCGAGAUGAAGACGGGGACCUGGUGGCGUUUUCUUCGGAUGAUGAGCUCAUGAUGGGUUUGGCCUGCGUGAAAGACAACACGUUCCGCCUGUUUAUCAAAGAAAAGAAGGAGCACCACAGGGACUUUCCUCUCCACGCCUUCCCCCCUUUCACUUUUGGACCCUUUCCUCACCACGCCACACCCCAUCACACUGGUUCCCCACCCCAUCACCCUAAUGUUACUUGUGAUGGAUGUGAAGGUCCUGUGGUUGGUACCCGCUUCAAGUGUUCGGUUUGUCCUGAUUAUGACCUGUGCUCCACCUGCCAGGCCGAAGGGAAGCACACUGAGCAUGCUCUGCUGCCCAUCUGGCACCCAAUGCAGUGGUUCCCUCGGGGGAAGUGGCUGAAGAAGAUGAGACACUGCAUGUGGAACCAGAACAUGAACCAAGCUCAGGCUCCUACUCAGAAUCAGGAUAAGGCAGAACCCACCAGAGCUGCAGCAGAUGACAGCGCCCCCUCUGCCUCUCAGGCAAACAUGGACUUUCUGAAGAACAUUGGGGAAGGGGUGGCAGCCAUGUUGAGCCCACUGGGUAUCAACGUGGAUAUCGAUGUGGAGCAUGAAGGCCAGAGGACCAAAGUGACUCCUCCUCCUUCUCAGAGUGGGAGUGUGGAUGUUGAUGUGGAGAUGGAUGGAGGGGGCAGCAGGGGGUCAAAGAUGAGCAGAGACUCUGAUGAAGAGUGGACUCACCUCAGUUCCAAAGAGGUUGACCCCUCCACUGGUGAGCUGCAGCCCCAGAAUCAGGAUCAGCCCUCUGGAUCCCAGGAACACCCAUUGACAGAACUGCAGGGCUCCCAACGGGAACCCCUGAGGGAUCAUGUGGGUCCAACAGGUCUAAAGGAGGCAGCUCUAUACCCUCACCUGCCUCAAGAAGCAGAUCCUCGCCUGGUGGAGUCCUUGGCUCUCAUGUUGUCCAUGGGCUUUACCGAUGAAGCUGGUUGGUUGACUCGACUCCUUCAGGCCAAAAACUUUGACAUUGGUGCUGCGCUAGACGCCAUCCAAUAUGCCAAGCAGCCCCGCCCCCAGCCUUAAUAAAGUCAUCACACCUAUAACUGAACUCAGCUGGAUACUGGUAUUAAUCAAUACCUAAUGCUUUCAUAACUACUUGUAUUUCUUUCUGUUAAUCUAAAUAAAAAAGAAAUAAAAUAGGCUCCAGAUUAUUAUUAUUAUUAUAUAUUAUUAACUUAACUUGAUAAAUCAAAUCAAUUAAAUUGACUAUACUGAAGGUCCAUGAAAUAUUUAAAUUAAUCUUCAAUGAGCAUCAGGCAGUCUACUCAGAAAAACAUGUUUCCUAUGAACCAGCAAAACCAGGUUUUUUAAGCCUCACUUCUGUAAGAAACGCAUCACUUUUUUUAACCAAGCCAACAGAAGCACGAGGCGAGUCGAUCAAUGUCCAUCUGAUGCAUUUAAACCUGUAAAAUAAAAACACUUUAAAAUAUG